ACGCCUUACAUGCUGGCAGCUGCUACCAGUAGCUUCUCUCCGUCAUGGCGGCCCGUGUCCUGCAGCAGUGUGUUCGCUCCUUCGCCCGGCCUUCGCUGAGGCUUUGCUCCGCUAACCUUGCAGUCAGAGCCGCUGCCGCCCCAACAGCAGCCCUCCACCGACCUCUCUCGUUCGCCGCAGACAGCCGGAGGACGCGGUGGCUCGGCCAGAGCCGGACCCCCUCGGUGAGUGUGCUGUGCCGACAGUAUGGCGACCUGCCCCCUCUCACCCUGGAAACCAUCAAAGACCGCGUCCUGUAUGUACUGAAGCUCUACGACAAGAUCAACCCAGAGAAGCUGCAGACGUCUUCCCACUUCAUGAAAGAUUUGGGUUUGGACAGCUUGGACCAGGUGGAGAUCAUCAUGGCCAUGGAAGAUGAGUUUGGCUUUGAAAUCCCAGACGCAGACGCAGAGAAGCUGAUGACUCCUGAGGAGAUUGUACAGUACAUCGCAGACAAGAAGGAUGUUUAUGAAUAAUCUGUUCUAUAGCUCGAUACAGAGAGGGUGACCCUACAAACAGGAAGUCCUUGUGCUGCAGAUGGACGCCAAACCAUUUCCCACCUCAACCCUGUCAGCUCUUCUGUCUCUUACGGCGACGUCACCUGCCCGUCUUUUGUUUGACUGUAUUUAAAUGAACAUGUUGUUGGGAGCUUUGGGAUAAAACUCUAGAUUAAACAAGGUUGUAUCUCAGUUUUGAGUUCACGUUCUUCCAGCUCCUCCCUGUGGUUCUGAUGUAUAAUUUCUCAUGAAUAGAUCAAUAAAGACCCGUGCUGUACGGUUGUGCGUUGACUGUGCAGCUCUCUUAUGCACAAGCAUGUUGUGUAGUUCUGCUCACUGAAUGAAAAACAAAACGCAACUUGAAAAAUAAAGACGGUCGUGUAGUUGAAUUUAA